GUAGUAUAUUGUAGACAGUUGUUGUAUAAUACGCAUAUUAUUAUAUAUGUACAUUAUACAGUAAGUUGUUCGUCGCAAUCGUCAGUCGUCAAAGUGUCAGACAAGUUCAACGGUUUAACGUAUAUUUAACGGUCAUAAUCUCUGAAUCUCAAUCUCAUUCUGUUCUGUGCUCUUGUAUUAUACUCAAUACUCAUACCGAAACCGAAAACGAAAAGCCGAAUUAAUAAACUAUCUGAAACGCUCAAAUAAUAUUUAAUACUGAUGACCAGUGAAUUACGUGCUCUUUUAUCCACGUACCUGAUAAUUUAAACCAAAAUGGAAAAUUUCGAAUCCAUUAUUCUUCGUUGGAUGUGUUUAUUUGAUGAAUUUAAAAACAUUGAAUAUUCAAAUACAAAACAUCUUAUAUCAAGUUCAUCGUUUAAACAAUUUGCUGAUGAUGUAUUUUGUUUGAAAUGUUCUUCAGCUUUGAGCACAGACGAUACAAAAGUUUACAACACUAUAAAAGUGAACUAUUGUGAGUUUGAAGUUCUAAACUAUGAAGACUUAUAUAAUGAAGACAAUGCAAUUUAUGCGUGUGUUAUUGUUUUACUACAUGCACUAUUAAAAUGUACUAAUGACAAAUUCAGAAAUCAGUUAAGUGAAAGAAUGAAUAAUGAAGAGCAAGUGUUACUAGCAAAUUUCUUAGAAGCUACACAAUCAUUAUUAUUCACCAAACAAAAUAUUUCUGAAGCACUACUGUUGAUAAGUGAUUCUAAGCAUACUUGUAUUAAUGUUUCAGAAAUAUGUUCAAAUAACGACACACCAAUCAAGUCAAAAUCAAUGCGCCGAAGCUAUUUACAAGAAUUUUGUCAGUCACCAAAAUCUCAAUCCUUAAUAAAUCAAGAAAAAGAAAAACUUAUUAUCAAACUUACUGAAGACUAUAAAAAUGAAUGUGAAGAAAACUACAAGUUGGCUGAAAAUGUUAAAUACUUCAAAGAUCUAAAUACAAAACUAAGUAAUAAAUUAGAAGACAAAGAUAAAAUAUUACAAAUAUUGAAAGAUGAAAUCAAAGAAUAUUCUAAACCAAACCAGUCUCCUGAAUGUUUAAAAGUAGACAAUGAUUUAACUAUAAAAAAAUUAAACCGGGACAAAAUAGAUUUGGAAAUGAAUUGCAAUGAAUUAAAGCAACAAGUAACUGAACUUGAUAAAAAACAUAAAGACCUUAAUGGAAAAUUUGAAAAGAAAACUUUAGAUUAUAAUAAUCUUACUUUAAUGUUUGACAAUAUUGAAAACGAAAAUAUGAUGUUAAAAUCAAACUUGAAAUUAUUUGAAGAAACCAUACAAAAAAAAGACAUCGAAAUAACUUCGUUAAAAGAUGAGCUAUGUAAUAAAUCAAUUACAAAUAAUCCAACAAAUAUAAGCGGCCAAGAGACCAAUGCUGUAUCUUCAAAUACAUUAUUUAAUGAAUUAAGCUGUUUAAAAUUAGAAGAAAUAACACAUGAUAAAGAAAAGUACCGACAUAAGUACAAAUCAAUGAAAAAAGACUUUUCAAAUACUAAAAUUCAUGUUAAAGAAUUGAAUGAGAAAAUAAUUAUAUUGGAAAAAAAGUUGGAUGAUUAUGAAACUCAUAAAGAUGAACUGAUAGACCGAUUCUCAAACAAAAUAAAAGAACUUCAAGAAUAUCAAAAGAGAAAUAAUAAUUUAGAAUCAAAAAUUAAGCAUCUUAAAGAUACUAUCAAAGACAAUGAAAAUCAUAUUCAAUCCCUGUGCUCUAAAUUAAAUAAAAGAGAAAAGCAAAUAGAACUAUUGUCCGUUGAAUUAGAUUCUGUGAAAAAAUCAAAAACUAUGAUUGAACUAAUUUUAAGCAAAACUAAUACAGAAAUUGAAGCAAUACAUGAAGAACACGACGAAAAGGUAAACAAAUUACAAUCAAUAAUUGAUGAAUAUAAAAAUUCAGAAAAACUAUCUCAUCAAAACAUUAUGGAUUUAGAAAAUAAUAUGAAAAAUGUUCAAGAUAAUUUAGCAAACAAAGAACACAUUAUAAUUUUUUAUGAAGAAAAAAUGGCUGAAAAUUACCAAAUUGUUGGUACUCAAGAAGAACAAUUGAAAACUAUGUAUCAAGAAAAACUUAUGUUAGAAUCUCAUUUAAAAAAUAUAAAAAUUGAAAUUGAAACACAACAGAAAAGUUUUAGUGAAAAAAAUUAUGAAAUGGAAAACUGUUUGGAAUAUUAUCUUGACGAGUUGAAAGAUCUCAAAGAUGAAAAAACAAAAAAUGCAAACAUUUUACAAUGUAAACAAAAUGAAAUAGAACAACAACUGAAACUCAUUAACAAUCAAAAAAGUGUAAUUAAAACACUACAAUCAGAACAAUGUAGCCAACAGCUAAUCAUAAAUGAUCUUAAUGGAGUUUUGCAACAAAAAUCAUCCGAAAAUAACAAUUUAUGUGCAAAAGUACUGGAAUCUACAUUAGAUUUAGAUAAGUUAAAAGAACAACUUAAUGCAGUUUUGGUUGAAAAUAAUGUAAUUAAAACUAAUUUAAGGAAUGAUGAAUUGCAAAUAAAAACUAUGAAUGAAGAAUUUCAAUGUCAGCUUAAUAAUAUGAAAAAUAUAUUAGAAAAUCAAAAUAUUCAGUGUUUAAUAAGGGUUGAGAAAUUACAAGACACUUUAGAGAAAAAGCAGAAUGAUUUGAACGAACAGCUAAUGACGUGUAAUAAGCUAACAGAAACAAUUUCUCAGUUACAUUUGGAAAAAUAUGAACUAGAAGAGAAAUUAUUAUCAAGUGGUCAAGAAUUAAAUCAAAAACAAAUGCAAUUUGAACAAACCAUUGAAGAAAAUAAUAAAUUGAAAGAAACAGUUGAUUAUACUGAAAAUCAAUGUAUUAACUUGCAACAAGAAUUAAAAGAGUUAAAGAAUAUUAUAUUACAAAAAGAAGAAGAAAUCAAAUUAUUCAAAGCUCAUAUAUCAGAAUGUUCAGUUUCUAAAGAAAGCUUACAGAAACAAAUUAUUGAAGUGCAACAAAUUUUGAACAACAAACAUGUGGAGUUGGAAAAUCAAAUUCAGUGUUGUAAUGAGCAGAGAGAUAAUAUUAUUAAAUUAAAUGAUGAAAAAGAGUGUCUUAGCAAUAAAAUAAAAAACCUUGAACAAACCACUGAAGAAAAUAAUAAAUUGAAAGAAACAGUUGAUUAUACUGAAAAUCAAUGUAUUAACUUACAACAAGAAUUGAAAGAGUUAAAGAACAUUAUAUUACAAAAAGAAGAAGAAAUCAAAUUAUUCAAUGCUCAUAUAUCAGAAUGUUCAGUUUCUAAAGAAAGCUUACAGAAACAAAUUAUUGAAGUGCAACAAAUUUUGAACAACAAACAUGUGGAGUUGGAAAAUCAAAUUCAGUGUUGUAAUGAGCAGAGAGAUAAUAUUAUUAAGUUAAAUGAUGAAAAAGAGUGUCUUAGAAAUAAAAUUAAAAACCUUGAGGAUUCUUUAUCCCACAAUGAAUACAAAUUUAAUUUAUGCGAAGGAAAAUUGUAUGAUUGCAGUAACACUAUUGAAAAUUUAGAAACUAAAAUAAACACAAUGAAUAAUGAAAAGUCAUUUUCUGAAUUGCAACUAAAUGAAACUAUUACUAAAUUAACAAAUACAAAUCAAGAUCUUACCCUGAAACUAGAAAUCAAAGAAACAAAUGUAUUGGAUAUUCAAGAAAAAUUAAUUCUUGAACAAAAUGAGUUAAAGAAACAAAUAGAAAAGUCAAAUGAACAAUUAGAAACAAUAUCUUUAUUAAAUGCUGAUAAAGAUAAAUUACAAGAAGAAACCAAUAAACUUCAAAAAUGCAUGAGUAUAAAUGAAUAUACUUUGAAAUCAUUGCAAGAAAAAGUUCUUAUUUGUGAAAAAGAGUAUGAAGAAUUACAAACAAUGAAGACAAAUUUAGUAUCUGAACUCAAUGAAAGCCAGUUGAAAUUAACAAAUUUACACCAGGAAUCAAAGAAACAACUUGAGGAUAUGGAUAUAAAAUAUAUUGAAUUACAAGAAAAAUAUAAUAAAAACCAGGUUGAAAUUGAUGAAUACAUUAGUAAAUAUAACACCCACGUGAAAACAAUUACUGAUUUAAUCUCAGAAAGAGAUAAUUUAAUAAAUAAAACAGAUGCGCUUGAGAGUAUUUUAUUAGAUAAAGAUAAUGUUAUUACUGCUAAUAAAGAAAAAUUGCUUGAGUAUGAAGAAAUUAAUGAUAAAAUAAUAAUCGAAAAGGCUGUAAUAGAAGUACAAUUAGAGAACAUUCAACACAAUCUGACUCAAAAACUUGAAGCAACCAAUAAAAAACUACAAGAAGUUGAGGUACAGCUUAUUAAUCAGAAAGAGGAAUUAGUUAAACAGAAUAAAUGUUCAAUUGAACAAGUAGAAAAAAACAAUUUAUUAAUGUAUGAAAAUAAUAAUUUGGUAAACGAAACAAAUAAACUUAAAGAAUGUUUAGUUCAACGUGAAUUUGAUUUAGGGUUAAAUCAAAAUAAAUUGCAGGAUUUAGAUAAACAAAAUAAAGAAAUAGAAUGCCAAAAUAUGUCAUUGAUGAUAAAAUUGAAUGAACUGAAAUGUCAAUUGAAUAACUUGAGUCAAGAAUCCACUGAACAAAUUGAUACAAUGGAUAAAAAAUUGUUGGAAGCUCAAAAACAACUUAGCUAUAAGCAAUCUGAAAUUAAACUGAAGAACGACUCAAUAACAGAUAUUUACCAGAAAAUAAAAUACUUAAAAGAUGUGAAAGUUGAACUUGAAUCAAUACUAAAGAAAGAAAGAAAACAUUUUGAAACUUGUUUUGAAACAUGUUUGAAUUAUUCAUUUGAUUAUGUUAAAAACAACCCUAUAGUAGAUCUUCCUCAUGAUUCAUUAAUCGAAGUUAUAACUUCUGCAGAUACAUUUAUCGAACAAAAUGGUAUUCAGUUGGCUCGUGUUGAAAACUGUGAUGUAAACUCAAUUAUUGAAAGGGUGAAAAAAAUAUUUGAAGCAUUGAAAAUGUUUAUUAUCAAUUUAAAAACCCAAGGAACUGAACAAAUAAUGAAUCAUACUAAUAAUGAAUCCAAUGAUGCUUAUACCAAAUUACUAGCUUUAUCAAAAACGCAACAAGAAACCAUUAAACAUUUGGAAACCGAAAUGUCAACAUUGAAAACGGAAUGUGUUUAUAAAAUGACAAAAGUGCAACAAAAAACUCAAGAAUAUGUAACUUCAGAAUACGAAAAGAAGUUUGAACGAAAGCGAGAACAAAUGAAACAAUUUUGUAAAGAUUUAGAGGCAAAAAUUCAUCAAGAUUUUGAAGCUAAGCUAUUAAAAUACAAAGACAAAAUAACCAAAGAUGAAAUUCACAUUAAAGAACUUGGUCAGCAGUUAUGGGAAGUUAGUGAAAAAUAUUUAAGGUUACAACAAAAAGAUAGAAGAGAAUCUACAAUGUCAUUACCGUUUGAAAUGUCAAUUAUUUCUGAAACCGCAACCACUCUCCCAAAAUAUAAUUCUUUUACACUGCCAAAGUCCAGCUCAGCUAGUCAAAUCAGAUCACUAGUAGAAGAGACCACUCGUUGUUAUCCAGAUAGUAAACGAAAUGUGCCUGCAGGAAUUGGUAAAAAAUUCAGCUUAUCGUCUGGUAAAAUAUUUCCAAAAGAAGAAGAUGAAGAAGGUGAAAUGUUCAAUCACUCAUGCCUUGCCGAUCUAAAAGAAGGGAAAGUAAGACUCAAUGAUAAUAAAAAACAAUAUAAUGAAAGACUGUCAGAACUACAAGCCCGCAACUCACUUUGUCCACCACAUUUAAGAAGUUGUUAUGCUGCUGAGACUAAUUUCUUGCCAAAUACCUCAUUAGUUACAGAAGAAGAUAUAAAGACAACCGCUAAUUAUAGUGAUUAUGAGACUGAAAACCUUAUCCCGAAUGAUCGUACCAAGAAAAGAGAUAGAAAUCAGACAUCCUAUAAGAAACCGGGACCACCAACUCCAAGCAAAAAUGGAGGUCGUGUUUCUUUAUCGAACAAUGCAAAAAACACAUUGAAAGAAUCUAAAGAAUCAAAUACUAAUAAAAGACGAGCUAGCAGUACUCCAAACAAAUUAUUUAGCUUAUUUAUGAGCAAAAAGAAUUAAUUUUAUAUAAUUGUUCAGGAUUUUGAAGUAUCUAACUAUUGCACAAUUAUUUUUAUGUUUAUAAAAUUUGUAUAUCUUAUUACAUUUUACACUAUCUUAUUUUUUGUUUUUAUGUAUCUUUAUUGUCAAUAUUAUUAUUAAAAUGUAUUUAAAUAUUUAAAUCUCGCAUAAUAAAGAUAGUAUUAUCAUUGUUUAAUGAUAGUUGCUAUUACUAUUA